AUGACUCUCAUCAAACUGACGAGUCCCUUCUGGAGAGCCUUUCACGUCUUGCCGAAGAAGCAGAACCAGACAAGGACGAUCGAUAGCCUCGAAUGGCUGCUACAAGUCUCCGAAGCUCAGCGACGAAUCUCCAAGCCCUUCACCUACUUCGACCGCUUCCAUAUCAUCCCCUCCAUGCUUUCUUGCUAUCGCACCACCUACUGCAUCGCUAGCAUGGUUCCCCAAACCGACUCAGUUUUCGCCGAACUACUUCGUGGCCUUCGUUUUCCACUCCUUCAAUUUCGUCCAGCUCGUCGGUCCCGUUGCUUCCGGCCGCCAAGUCUAUCCUCUAACCGCUUCAACCCAGUUUCUUCUAGCACCUGCAUGGCCUCUAUUGUAUCAGUUUUCUGA